AACUUCAACUCGGAGCAUCUAGUUCCUGGAAAAUGAACAAAUCUUUCACGAUAUCCUUCAGAUUUUUUCAUUCCUUUUUGGCUGAGAGUUCAUGGUACAAAGUUUUCCUCUGAUUUCAGUAGUUUUUUUUACUCCUUGCGGCCUCCUGAGGUGGCAUAGAAUAUCGAGGAUCGCCCGAUUUUACGAGGGGUCAAUCGAUUGCAUUAAAGUCGCAGUUGGGCAUUAAGAGCCACGAAAUGAAGACUAGCAAUAGCUUGGUGGCCUAAUGACAAUGUUCUGUAUGAUAUUUUGCAUAAUGUUCCUAUUACAUUUGACUAUCGUCGACUGCCAGAGGCAAGUUCGAAGAAAUCAAUCGAAGAAAUUCAUCUAAGAAAUAAUAAUUCGAUAAUUCAUGUUCGUAUCUUCUCAAUAAUUUCUCCACUCCAGCACGAAAUUAUAUGAAUGGUGCAAUCAGCCGGAAGAACCUCUACAGGAUUUACUCAAUUACAUCCUCGAUCAGAUGACGCAGAAGAGCAAGUGCAUCGUAUUCAUGAUCGAUCCUUACUACCGCAAGUUGAUUCGUUAUAAUUGGGCGCAACUGCGUGUUCUACCCUACUAUUCAAUUUAUGUAAAAGAGAGUGAAGAAUUUACACCACCAAGACGAAGAGUGGAGGAUAUCUUGAGCGAGAGCAAGAAUGAUGGAUGCGAUGCUUAUGUCCUGUUAAUCACGAAUGGAUUACAAGUAUCGCAAUUAUUGGAGUACGCAGAGAGGAAUCGAAUAAUAAAUACUCGAGGAAAUUUUCUCAUGAUCCAUGACACUCUGCUAUUCGAUGUGGGGAUGAAAUACAUAUGGAACAGAAUAACAAAAGUCAUGUUCAUCCAUCGAUUCACGGUAUUGACGAGACGUUCCAAUAAGACAACCAUGAAAGAAUGGUUCAAUCUCGAGACUGUCUCCUAUCCAGUUCGAGCCAACAAUUUCGUGAAAACUAGAUACGUCAACACUUGGCAUAAAGGCAGAAUGUUAAACAAAGAUGUUGAUAAUCCAUUUACUAACAAAACCCUGAGGUUGGAGAGAAGAAGUUUGAGAGUUGCUAUUUUCGAACAUAUACCUGCAGUUACGCGAUAUUCUAGACAGUUGCAAAAACAUUAUCGAGACUAUAGUGAGAAAGCCUCAGGUGUAGAAUUUGAGAUCAUGCGAGUUCUCAGUGACAAGAUGCAUUUCAAACCCAAUUUCUACACUCCCGUAGAUAUAGAAAUAGAGAAAUGGGGCACCAAGGACGAUAAUGGGAGCUACAAUGGUCUCCUGGGAGAAGCAGAACGAGGAAAUGCAGAAUUUUUCUUAGGAGAUCUUCACUACACCUUGAGACACUUUGAAUUACUGGAAUUAUCUUAUCCAUAUAACACUGAAUGUCUCACAUUUCUCACUCCUGAAUCGCUGACUGAUAAUUCUUGGAAACUCUUGAUCUCUCCGUUCAGACUCUACGCAUGGAUAGCAGUGAUACUGAUUCUCCUCCUGGGUGCCUGUGCAUUCCACUUCUUCGCACUAUUCUAUCAGAACCAAAUAAUGCCGUAUGUGAGAAAUACAAAUGCUGAGGGGAUACAAAUGAGGGGUUUGACCCUCUUCACUGAUAUGCAGAACAGCAUGCUUUACACAUACAGCAUGCUCCUUCAAGUCUCUCUCCCGAGGCUACCGAGACCGUGGGCCCUCAGGGUCUUCAUUGGAUGGUGGUUGUUGUACGCGAUUCUUGUGACUGUCGCUUAUAGAGCGAGUAUGACUGCUACGCUAGCUAAUCCUGUCGCAAAAAUUACAAUCGAUACACUGCAACAGCUAGCUAAAAGCAGAAUUUCAGUUGGCGGAUGGAGCGAAGAACAACGCGAUCUAUUCGGCGCAUCAUUAGAUCCAGACUUGAUUGAAAUCGCCACAAGAUUUGAGCUGACCCUCAAGGAGGAUGAUGCUGUGGCUAGAGUGGCCAAUGGAACAUUCGGAUACUACGACAACAUCCAAACUCUCCAGGAGGCUCGAGCCAAACGCCAAUUGUUGGAAGAAAUGCGGAAAAAAAAGUCAACUCGCGAGGAAAAGGUCAUAGAUGACAGGAAUUUGCAUGUUAUGUCGGAGUGCGUAAUUUAUAUGCCAAUAUCAAUUGGCAUGGACAGGAAUUCACCGCUGAAGCCUCAAGUUGAUGAAAUUGUGAGACGAGUCGUCGAAGCAGGCUUCGUGGAGAAGUGGCUGAGCGAUGUGACGGAAUGGUCGAAAAUCACUGAACUCAAAGACGAGUCCCCCGCAGCCAAGGCCACGGUCAACCUCCACAAGCUCCACGGGGCCCUAGUGGCCCUCGGUAUCGGAUACUUCCUCGGUUUCCUCGCGCUGAUAAUCGAGAAAAUACAGUGGAAGUACUUCGUGAUGAAAGAUCCCGCGUUCGAUAAAUAUCAGAUGGAUGUCUUUUAUUCUAUGUCCAGAUCGAACUUCAUUAAUAAAGGGGGCAUAGCCUCCUGUCGAAAAUCAUGACAACG